CGGACACAAGUGAGCUGCGGAACGUGCAUCCGACUCCAUCGCGCCGCGUCUCGCUUCAACCUAGAAACGGCUCUCGCGGCUAUUACGGUUUUAAAGUGUCCAGGAACUCGUCGUCCGUGUCCAGCAUCGAUAGUCUAUCAGGCGGAAAGAGAAAAGAGAGAAAUCGACCAACGCACCCGCUGUAUUUGUCUGCUCGAGUUCGCGAGCUAACUACUUGGACAACUAGUCGAGCUUUACCUAGGGUGCGUCAAACGGUACAUUGAUUGUGUGUACUUGGCAGUUCACGACUCGACUCGCAUCGAAGGAUGUUGAUGCACAACGAUAGUGGUUUCGUAGCCGAGCCAUUGGCUUUCGCUAGCAGAGUCGGAGAUGUACAUCCCCUGCAAGAACGAUUUCUAGGAUGGAAUUUUCCUGCCGAGCACGCAGAUCUCGUGCAUCCACAUUGGCAUGCAUUUCUCGCACCUGGAAGACUAUGGCAUGUCGCCCUUGCGCUUAUUUAUCUUUUGCUCUUAAUGCUCUCUUUAGUCGGAAAUGGCAUCGUCAUUUGGAUCUUCAGCACAUCGAAAUCAUUGAGAACGCCAUCGAACAUAUUCAUCUUGAAUUUGGCAGUGUUCGAUCUACUGAUGGCAACGGAAAUGCCUAUGUUAAUCAUAAACAGCUUUUUGGAACGAACGAUUGGUUGGGAGACCGGAUGUGAUGUGUAUGCUUUGCUCGGCGCGAUUUCUGGGAUGGGACAAGCGAUCACCAAUGCGGCGAUCGCUUUCGAUCGAUACAGAACUAUUAGUUGUCCGAUUGAUGGUAGAUUAAAUGGAAAGCAAGCUAUGGUAUUAGCUCUCUUUACGUGGUUCUGGGCACUGCCCUUCUCGAUAUUGCCCAUGACGGGAUUGUGGGGUCGAUACGUGGCAGAGGGUUUCCUUACCACGUGCAGUUUUGAUUAUCUUACGGACAACGAAGACACAAGGACAUUUGUGAUAACAAUAUUUUUCUGGGCGUACGUCCUUCCUAUGCUACUGAUUAUUUAUUUUUACUCGCAAUUACUGAAGUCUAUUCGUACUCACGAGAAAAUGCUUCGCGAUCAAGCCAAGAAGAUGAAUGUCAAGUCGCUCGUAUCGAACCAAGACAAAGAGAGAAGCGUCGAGAUGAAAAUUGCGAAAGCCGCUUUUACGAUUUUCUUUCUCUUCGUACUCGCGUGGACACCGUACGCGGUUGUUGCUUUAACGGGAGCCUAUGGAAAUCGCGAAGUGCUUACUCCACUCGCGACUAUGUUGCCAGCCAUAUUUGCCAAGACGGUAUCGUGUAUCGAUCCAUGGAUAUAUGCAAUUAAUCAUCCUAGGUAUCGACAAGAAUUAGAUAAGCGCUGCAAAUGGAUGGGAAUUCGAGAACCUGCAGCCGAAGAUACCGUGUCGGCGCAAACUGAAAAAGUUACUACUGAAGAAUCAUAAUCUUAUUGCUCAUUAAGACAGUUGUCGAGAAGAUGUCGAUCGAUCGCAUCGCGUUCUCGAAUGCAAUUUUGACCGGUAGCCUAGAUAUUUUUUUUUCAUAUAUUUCAUUUAUAAAAAAAAUGUAGGUGGAAAUUCUCCCUUUCUAUUUUGCGAAAACAAACUCGAGAAUAAAAAACAAUCGCAUCUUGUUUAGUUUAUAUACAUCAAGCUGUUAUGUAAAUAUAUUC